UCUCCUCCCGCGCUCUCUGACGUCACUUCCACCGCGCAGAAAACAUGGCGGCCGCCAGUCCGUCUGAUACGGUGCCGUCACUGCCAGGAAAUGUAGUCAUCAAGGCCGAGCCAGACGCCGAGGAUAUUUUACCCAUCGGUCCGGAUGAUGUGCCGGUUAAGCGGGAGCCCGUCGUCCCGCUAAUGGCCCCGGUCAGCGGGCUGCAGCCGCUUACCUGGUCGCAGGAUCACCGCCUGGCUGUAUGCACCACCAGUUCCUUGUCGCUGAUGGAGCUAGUGUGCGAUGUCCACAGCAACAAACAGGACCUGACGCUGCAUAGGACCUCGGUCCCCGUUCCGACCGAAGCGCACAGGCUGCGGGUGGGACCAGCAGCAGAGCUAACUCAAGCAGUGGAGAAGUUCUCUGCACAUCCGGACCCCACAGUAAGGCAAGUUUUUCUGGCGGACACAGUGAUGAACCCAUCACUGGGAGCACAGAAAGGAAUAAAAUAUGCUAGUUGGUCGCCACUAGGUUGUGACUCAAGUGGACGCUGUCUCCUUGCUUGCCUAACACUUGACCACAGACUUACCAUUCAUAACAGCCACAAGCGUCUCGAGUGGAAUUUGCUAGUCGAUCUCACUAAAAAAUACAGUGAGAGGCUAAAAGAGCGAGGCUAUGCCAAAAAGGACAACAAGCCUCCAGAGGCAAACCUGCUGGACUUUGACGAGCUGCAGCGGCGUUUCCAUAUGCAGACUCCUCUGAGAAUGGAGUGGUCAAGCAUUUACACGAUCAAACAAGUUCAGCCGGACAACACAUGUAACGACAUGGAGAUGGUCCUCCUCGCCGUCUUAAUGGAAAACGGUGACCUUGUUUUGUGGAAGUUUGCGUUGCCCUUCAUAAACGGAGCAGAUGUCAUGUUUUAUGACAUCAUCGAAUCCGGUGUGACCAGGCCCAGUGACUUGGCGUGGUGGGAAUAUGAAAGUGCUGAUCGCCGGAUGAGCGGACUGAUUGUUGGCAGUGAGGUGGGACCCGUCAAGAUCAUGCCGGUCAGCCUGUCGGGAGUGAAGGGCUACUUCACCCUCCGACACCCCGUCAUCCUCUGGAAGGAGUGUGACGAGAUCGCCGUUGAAAACAUCAAAUGUGUCCCAAUGGUCCAUCCGAUCCAAAAAUCUCGAUGCAGCCUAAUCGUAGCCUCACGCGGCUGCUACGUCUUUUGGUGUUUGCUUGUGAUUUCACCGGCUGGUCUGAAUGUACACAACUCUCAUGUGGCAGGGCUGCACUCGCUCCCUGUGGUCUCGCUAGCUGUCAGUCAACAUGGUGUUGCGGUGUACACAUGUUCAGUAGAUGGGUGGAUAAAAAAGUUGACUCCAACAUUUACAGAGAACACUUUGAUUUUCAAACAAGAGAACAUGUUGCAACCUGAACACCUAACAGGGAGGAGGAUACAUGGAAUUGCGGUGAGCCACAACGGCGCAUAUAUCGCUCUUGUCAGUACGCAAGGUAUGGUUGGCGACUAUCACCCAAUUAACAGGACUUACCAGGUUCACUUUGUGACCCUGAAAACUCCAGAGAUGGCUGCAGAAGUGCUGCUAAAGUCCCCCACACAAAACUUGUACAAAAUGGCUGACCUGCUUGAUCUCGUCAGGUGGCAAAUUUUGAAAAACAAGUGCAUCCCUGCAUCACUUUUAGAAGAACUUGAUCAAAAGAUCCAGGAAGUAGACUUGCCCUACUUGUGGCGUUUCAAGCUCUUCUUGGUGCGGAUUUUUUACAAAUCACUACAGACACCUCCUACAGAUAACCGCUGGAAACCCUCACACGAGGAGAACAAGGUGCUUGUCCGGGACAAGGAAGAGGAGGACGGAAAGAACGAAGAAGACGCCCCUCAAGAGGGAGUAGAACCUGGAGUGAAACAGGAUGCCAAACAGGAGGAGCAGAUGGCGGAAGUACAGGCUUGGAUUAAUGCUAUAGAGACUCACUUGAUGAGAGAAAACAUGAAGAAGGUGCUGGGGGUGGUGUACCUCAACACCUGGAUUGCUCAGAACACCAGCAUACCCACCUGUGGCCUGGUGGAGUACCUCUCUGCAGAUGCUAACGACAGAGCUUCAGAGGUCCUGAUUGGCCACAUCAAGAAGAAGAUGAACAAGCAGACGUUCUCGGAGCGCUGCAGCCUGUGUCAGGCGGUGCUGCCCUUCUCGGACCACAAACAAGCAAUCUGUAAAAACGGUCACAUGUGGCUCAGGUGUGUGUUGUCACACCAGGCCUGCCAGACGCUGACGUUCAGACGAUGCCUCCUGCUGGAUACCAUCGCCAAACUGCCAGAGCCUGAGGAUCCGGAGUGGAUAAAGAAGAUACUGCAGGCGCCGUGUACGCUGUGCGACUCGCCGAUGAUCUAGAGCUCAACGAUCGGAGGAACCUCAGGGCUUCCCUGCGACCUUCAGAGCUUCCUGCUCUAACGCAGGGUCCAAUUUUGUCAGACAUCACUGCUACAGUUUUUUUUUUAAUUUUAUGUAUAUUGUUCAUGUUUUUAUUACUUUAUAUUGGUAUCUUAAAAGUUCAAAUAAAAGGCUUUGAUUAUA